AGGGGCAGGGCAGGGGGAGCCCUAUAAUUGGACGGGUCUGGGAUCCCUGAAUUCUACUCAGCCCGAGCAGAGGAGAAGGACGUGGUUCCCUGGCAGCUGACUGACCCAUCACAGGAAGAUGAAGGUUCUUUGGGCCGUGUUGGCGGUCACGCUCCUGGCAGGAUGCCUGGCCGACACGGAGCCGGAGCCGGAGCCAGAGCUGGAGCUGGAGGUGCCGCUGGGGCAGGAGAAGCCGGGCCAGCUCUGGGAGCUGGCCUUUGGCCGCUUCUGUGAGUACCUGCGCUGGGUGCAGACACUGACUGAUGAGGUGCAGGAGGAGCUCCGCAGCUUCCAGGUCUCCAAGGAGCUGACGGCGCUGAUGGAGGACACCAUGAAGGAGGUGGCGGCUUACAAGUCGGAGCUGGAUGCCCAGCUGGGACCCAUGGCCGAGGAGACGAAGGCGCGCCUGUCCAAGGAGCUGCAGGCGGCGCAGGCCCGCCUCGGGUCGGACAUGGAGGACCUCCGCGGCCGCCUGGAGCAGUACUGCAGGGAGGCCAAGGCCAUGCUGGGCCAGAACACCGAGGAGCUGCGCGCGCGCCUGACCUCCCACCUGCGCAAGCUGCGCAAACGGCUGCUGCGCGACGCCGAGGACCUGCAGAAGCGCCUGGCCGUGUAUCGUGCGGGGGUCCGCGAGGGCGCCGAGCGCAGCGUGAGCACCAUGCGCGAGCGCCUCUGGCCGCUGCUGCAGCAGGGCCGCGUGCGCGCCGCCACCGUCAGCGACCUGGUCAGCCAGCCCCUGCGGGAGCGGGCCGAGCAGCUGCGCGACCGGCUGGAGGAGGUGGGCCUCCGGUUCCGCGACCACCUGGAGGAGGUGCGCACCAAGGCGGAAGAGCAGGCGGAGCAGCUGCGCCUGCAGGCCGAGGCCUUCCAGGCCCGCGUCAAGAGCUGGUUCGAGCCUCUGGUGCAAGACGUGCAGCGCCAGUGGAACGAGUUGGUGGAGAAGGUGCAGGCGGCCGUGGCGCCCGCUGCCACAACUCCCACGGCCACGGGUCUGCCCAGUGAGAAUCACUGAGUGCCCCGGCGCUUGGCCCGGCCUGGCCCCGCUCCUGCCCCACCGGCCCCUGCCUCCCCCCAGCCAGCAGGGAGCUCUGCCUCUGCCCGGCUGUCCUGCUUGAGGACCCCAGCCUAAUAAAGAUCCAUGGAGCUUCACAGCAGCCUCCCGGCGUCCGCGCGUGAUUUCUCCCAGCCUGAGCCUCAGUUACCGUUUCCUUCCCCACCACACUGGCCUCGAAGUGCUCCAUCCUGACUCCUGGCUGACUGUGUGUGUGUGUAUGUGUGUGUGUGCGUGCAUCUGGCUCUGCUUCUCUUUACUCCAUUUUGUGUUUCUCAGACAUGAGUUCUGGAAUAAAGCCACCUUUGAGUUAAA